AUGAAAAAAGUGAAACACUUGUGGCACAAGAGACUCCAACAUCCACUGCGCAUAUUCGAAAGAACCUUCGCAUCCUUAGUCAACCAAUUGCAUGGGCAGUGUUCAAGCUGUCAACCUCACCGCCGAAACUCCAUUGAACAUGCAAUCUCUCAGCAUAGCGAAGAUAAAGGCCAAGGGGAAAACCAAGCCAUGACAGCUUGA